CGCCGCGAUUCAUCGGUCUGUUCUGUUUCAGGUCUGGUCAUCGUUACCACCCAUUGAUUGUGAAUCCACUCCCAAAGCAGUUCACCAAGAAAUGUUCUGAAUAUUCCUGUAAUCUUUGAACUGAAGAAGAGUUUCCAGAAGAGCAGGACAAACUUAAAGUGUGUCAACAAUUUCGGACAUACUACUGCAAAGAUGGAUUUUAUUAAAGAGGAGAGAGAGGACAUGGGUUAUCCAGAACCACACAGAGUGAAAGAUGAAGAAACUGAGGAACAAAUAGGCCUGAUGGAAGUGAAAGUGGAAAGUCAAGAACUGAAUAAAGUGGAGGAGAAACAUUGGUAUCAGGAACCUCAUACACGCAUACCUGAAGAAAAAUCAUUUAGUUGCUCACAGACUGAAAAUAAUUCCUCACAACAAACAACUCGACGGACUGGAGCCACAGAUUCUUUCACAUGUCCUCAGUGUGGAAAGAGUUUUAGACAAAAAGGACACCUUACCAAUCACAUGAGAAUUCACACUGGAGAUAAGCCUUUCACCUGUCCUCAUUGUGGAAAGAGUUUCUCACAGAAAGAAAACCUUAAAAGGCACAUAAGAGUUCACACCAGAGAGAAUCCUUUCACAUGUCCUCAGUGUGGAAAGAGUUUCAUGCUAAAUAAAAGCCUUAAUGCCCACAUGAGAGUUCACACUGAAGAGAGGCCUUUCACAUGCCAUCAUUGUGGAGAGAGAUUCAAAUAUUUAAAUAAUCUUCAAUGGCAUCUUUCCUUCCUGCACACUGGAGCAAAGUCAUUAAACUGUGAUCAAUGCGAUAAAAGUUUUAUCUUGGAAUCAGACUUGAACAUUCACAAAGACCCCCAUUUGUGUUCUUUUUGUGGAGAGAGUUUUUCAUGCCCACACCGUUUCAAAGAGCACCAGAAAAUUCAUAGUAAUGUGAAAGCUCAUGUGUGCCUUGAGUGUGGCGAUGCUUUUUCAAGAGCUGGCAACUUGAAGUUGCACCAAAGAGUCCAUAUUAAAGAAAAACCUAACAGCUGUUCAUAAUGUUUAUAGAGUUUUACUGAUUCAGGAGCCCUGAAAAUGAAUGGAGUGAAUCCAUACCACCAGCCUUCAUGUGGGAAGAGUUUCACCACACCAAGUACCCAAUCAACUCAUUAAAAAAAAGUAUUGUGGUAAAAUGUCUCAGUAAGCUCUUUUUUAGGUUCAUCUUCAGGUCCAAUGCUUUAAACUGUGUAAAUUUCAGGUAAAAAUAAAGAUAAAUGAAAUUGCUCUUUUGGUAAAAAUUCUAAGAGUUUUUAGGAAUGCUUUUCUUUAAUGAUGGGCAGUAGUAGUAAUAGAAAUAUACUUAUAGAAAUGUCUAUUAUUGUAAUGUCUCCUUUCAGUUAAUUUUUUGUUACAUGUUGUUCACUGCUGAUGAAUUAAGAAUUUGAGAAUAGAACAAACUUUAUUAAAGAGGCUUAACCAAUCAACUACUCUUAACAUUGUGGAUGAAAAAAAAAGUAUUUCUAUUACAUUUUUGCUUUGUAAAAACAAGUCUAACUUGGGCAAGUCUCAAGUCUUUGGUCACAAGUCCAAGUCAAGUCUUAGUUAUUUUUCGGCAAUAGUUCUUCAUCUGCAGCUGGUUAGUUUAAUAAAUCCUGUAUGCUAAUUCAAUUUUGAAAUAUUGAAAUGGAUUACUUCUAGGGAUUGCCUUAUUUUGUUCAAAUUUGUCUAAUAAAGUACAUUAGGUUUUACAUUAAUCAUGUUUUUUUAUACA